CAACGAUCGAACUCUCAUCAUAAUCCACAGUCUGCCAUCACGAACCGACGAACCUCCAACAGAUCGGCCCUUCGAGCACGCAGCCCCCAGCAACAGUAUCUUUGCGUCUAUUCUGGCUCCAAAUGAGUAAUCUCUUGGGACUCGCGUAUGGAGAGAGUGACGACGAAGACAAAAGUGAAGCAGGAAGUCCCGUUCAAAAUGGCUCACAAGAGGCCCUGUUAAACGCUACUGCGACAGAUUCUUCUCCCUCUACCAAACCAAACCAAACACCUCACCGAUCAUCCGCCGGACAGCCCAUAACUAUAUCAAACCAAAACCUUCCGACAACACCACAGCCAUUAAGUAAUUUGAUACGACGUCGACCCCCAUCCGGAACGGCAUCGGCAGGCGUCAGCCCAUCCGUCUCACCCUCAAGAUCGGGCUCCAGAUUUCAAUCACCAUAUCUCCCCUCAAAUUCCCCGCACUCUCAGGCAUCUACGACACCUCGUGUAUCAGGAGAGCGACUAGCCACUGGUUUACAUCAGGGUAUAACUGAACCAGUGGAUGACAUUGCGAUAGCAGAGGCCGAAGCGAAAUUGCGCCAACUUUUAAAGCCCCCACCAAUCGAAGGCGAAGAAAACUCUGGCAUUCCCCCAGAGCCGGAUGAUGAAGCCGAUGAGGCGACCCAGGCGAAGAUCGCGAAAUGGCUGGAUUUGAAAGGCUCAGGCAUGCACUUUAACGCACGGCUCGAACAAACUCACGCAUUCCGCAACCCAUCAAUCAUGAGUAAGCUCAUCGAGUACCUUGGAUUGGAUGAAACUGGGUCCAAUUAUCCAAAAGAGAUUUACGAUCCACACGGAUUCCCUGAAGAAGCAUUUUUCGAUCGCAUUGCCCACAAACAGGCUACCGAAAGACCACCACCACCGACAGUUGCCAGCAACUUGAAUCCACAGCUCGCUGCCGCUGUGCAGAAAGCUCAACAGCGAGCGAUUCAGUUUGUAUCAAAUUUGAACAAAGGCGCAGUUGGAGGCGCGUCCGUUCAACCCGCACCAGCCUCAGGACGCAAGAGAAGCAAAUGGGAUGAACCCUCAGAUCCUGCUGCCAAACGUCGAUAAUGCAGACAUGUUGCCGUUGCUUUUGCGCUACAUUGUAGUGGACAAUAGAUUUGGCUCUACCUUGUAGGUCACGACCAUCUCCUCCCUUUACCGCACAGACGUACCUCUUGGACCCGAUCAGGUUUUGGUGUCUUAAUCCACCUUAGCAACUGUGUUGUCAAGUACGGUAGAGUACCAAGGCGCAGUCAACCCACCGAUGCCGUAUGUUGCUUUUCCACGCCUCCGGUGUGCGCACUGCGCAGUCGCCGCUGUCUAUAAAAAGGAGAGGUCCCCAGCACCCCCGCUGUUCUGCAUACUUACCUGCUACGAGGUUCGCUGUGAUCAGGAAGGCAGCGCCUGUUUGGGAUUCUCGACAAUGCACGCCUGCUUCGA